ACAGUUACGGCUCGCUGUUGAGGUUGAGGCUGUACGAGCGCACGAGAGUAACUCGAAUGCCACUCCGCGGUGAAGACGGCUCCGAUAUAUUUUUCUGUUUUUGUUUUUAUCUUCUCAUAUUUUUUUUACAAUCGAGCGUCAUAGUGCAGAAUUUUUCAGAAUAUCGUCACUCGCGUUGUAGCGCAGUUGUUUUUCACAACUUUUUAGACUUUCACUGUAAAAAAUCAAUUGUGGUUCGACGAAUGUGUGCUCGAGCUCGGGAAACGUAGAUUUUACGUUCUCAGCGCUCAAGACACUCGGCUUGUGUGUCUCCUCGAGUGAAGGGACGCCGUACCGGAAUCUCCGCUGAGGUUUCUUCUUCGUGAGACUGAGAGAGAUAUACGUAUUAAGGGGAAUCCACACAAUAGAAUAUCGAACGAGGCUGAAGAACAUAAACAUUUUUUCAUAAAACAUCGACUAGAUUUUGCGUCGCGAUGUAAAGAGGCAAAGAUUGCUACGAGGCGCGGAAGAAACUUGAGGGAUCUCGAGAAUAGAACGACUACGGUGAAAGAGAUAGAGAGAAAGAGGGAGAGAACGAGAGGGCCGGCUGCUGAGAAUCGUGGGAGGGCAAGCCGGGGGUCCAGUGUGGCAUAACACAGAGCUCACAGGCUCCAGUGAGGUUCGAGACUCCCUGGCAGACGGAUGACCGCGUGAAAAACAUUUUGGCUUCCGUUUCGCUGAGCUUUUUUUCCAACUUGAUCGUUCCAUCUGAGAAUCCCGCACCGAUAAAAUGGGCGGGAAAAUCGCCGGAAUUCUUUUGGUAACGUUACUCACGACCGGAAGUUACAGCGAACCGGAUCUCACCGACGGACACUUUGACAAAAUAAACAAAAAUCGUGUUGAGGUCAAAUGUUACGACGAUUUCGGUGUCCCGCAGCGAUGCAUUCCGCCUUUCGAGAACGCGGCGUUCGGAGUUUUAAUGGAAGCGACCAACACCUGUGGCCAGGACGGUAGGCCCACUGAAUUUUGCAGACAGACCGGUGUCCAACGGAAGCCUUGUGAAGUGUGUCACUUCGGAGAUCAUCCCGCAUCCUUCCUCACCGAUCGGGACAACAACGACAAUGCCACGUGGUGGCAAUCGGAGACGAUGCACGAGGGCAUCGAGUAUCCUAAUAAAGUUGUUUUGACCCUCCAUCUCGGAAAAACUUACGACAUAACUUACGUGAGAGUUUUGUUCGAAUCUCCGAGGCCCGAAUCGUGGGGCAUCUACAGGAGGAGGACGGAGAAUUCGACGUGGGAACCAUAUCAGUUUUAUUCAGCAACUUGUCGCGAUACGUACGGAUUACCGGACCGAAAAGACACCGUCCGCGGGGACGACACGAGAGUUCUCUGCACCUCCGAGUACUCGGACAUUUCGCCUCUGCGUCGUGGGACCGUUGCCUUCUCGACGCUCGAGGGUCGUCCGUCGGCUUAUCAGUUCGACACCAAUCCCGCCCUUCAGUCAUGGGUCCAAGCCACCGAUCUGAUGCUGAGUCUGGACCGACCGAACACGUUCGGUGACGAGCUUUUCGGAGACGGUCAAGUUUUGAAAUCGUAUUAUUACGCGAUCGCGGACGUGGCCGUUGGCGCCCGUUGCGCCUGCAACGGACACGCUGGCGAGUGCAUAAACAGCCCCCGUCCGGAUGGCACGUCUCGAAGAGUUUGUCGUUGCGAGCACAACACCGCGGGUCCGGACUGCAACGAGUGUUUGCCGUUUUACAAUGACGCUCCUUGGGGUCGUGCAACUACGACGGACGCCCACGAGUGCAAACCUUGCAAUUGUAACGGAUAUUCGGAUCGGUGCUACUUCGACAAGGAAUUGUACGAGCGAACUGGCCACGGUGGCCACUGUACGGACUGCCGCGCCAAUCGAGCCGGUCCAAAUUGCGAAAGAUGCCGUGAGAACUAUUACCAACGUCCGGAAGACAGUUAUUGCGUCACCUGUAACUGCAACGAGAUCGGAUCCCGCAGCCUGCAGUGCAACAGCGAAGGCAAAUGUCAAUGCAAGCCCGGAAUAACCGGGGAAAAGUGUGAUCGAUGCGCAGCCAAUUUCUACAAUUUUGAUUCCCUCGGUUGUACCUCUUGCGAGUGUAGCGUAAAAGGGUCCCUCGACAACGAACCGAAUUGCGAUCCUGCCACCGGAGCAUGCGUCUGCAAAGAAAACGUCGAGGGAAAGAGAUGUCGAGAAUGUCGACCAGGAUUUUUCAAUCUCGAUCUCGACAACGAAUUCGGUUGCACACCGUGUUUCUGUUACGGGCACUCGUCGGUGUGCAAUCUUGCCAACGGUUACUCCAAAUUGACCAUCGAGAGUAUGUUUGCUCGUGGAAAUGAAAAAUGGACCGCGAAUGUGGCCGGGAAUCCGAUACCUCUACAGUACGACGCUGUAACGCAAACUGUCUCCGUAAGCGCACCUGAUCGCGACAACGUUUAUUUCAUUGCUCCAGAGAGAUUCCUCGGUGAUCAGAGAGCGUCGUACAAUCAGGAUCUCACGUUUACACUGAGAAUUGCGGAGAAUGAUCCGGCACCGACCGCACGCGACGUCAUACUGGAGGGAGGCAACGGCGAACAGUUGACACAGCCGAUAUUCGGACAAACCAAUCAAUUGCCAAACACUUCGCCUCAAGUGUACAAAUUCCGGCUUCACGAGCACGCCGACUACGGUUGGGAGCCGCGCGUCACCGCACGCGCUUUCAUGUCGAUUCUCUCUAAUUUAACGGCUAUAAAAAUACGCGGAACGUACACUCAUCAAGGUAGAGGAUUUUUGGACGACGUUAGUCUUGAAACGGCUCAACGCGGUGCCGCUGGUGAGCCCGCUGAUUGGAUCGAGCAUUGUCAGUGUCCUCACGGCUACGUUGGACAAUUUUGCGAAUCUUGCGCUCCUGGAUUCCACCAUGACCCACCGAACGGCGGCCCAUUCGCUCUCUGUGUCCCUUGCAACUGUAACGGACACGCUGACAUCUGCGAGGCUGAGACUGGACAAUGUAUUUGUCACGACAACACAGCGGGAAGCAACUGCGACCUCUGCUCUCGAGGAUACUACGGAUACCCGUUGAAGGGUACACCCUACGACUGCAAGCCCUGUCCCUGUCCGGACAACGGUCCCUGCAUCCUCCUCGGCAACAAUCCCGAUCCUAUAUGCUCCGAGUGUCCAGCCGGACGUACAGGCGCCAGAUGCGAAACUUGCUCAGACGGUUAUUUCGGCAAUCCGGACAAGGGUCAAGCCUGCAGACUGUGCGAAUGCAACAAUAACAUCGAUCUCAACGCUGUCCGUAAUUGUAAUCACGAAACUGGCGAGUGUCUCAAGUGUGUCAACAACACCGCCGGCUUUCAUUGCGAGGAUUGUUUGUCAGGAUAUUGGGGCGAUGCACUCUCGGAGCGGAAAGAAGACAGCUGUAAAUUGUGCCAAUGCUACCCACCCGGCACGAUUGAACUCGACGACGGAUCGGUCGCUCCCUGCAAUCAACUCACGGGACAUUGUGCCUGCAAGCCUCACGUUAUCGGCAGAAAUUGUGACAAAUGCGAGGACGGAUAUUACCAAAUACUGAGCGGCGAUGGCUGCUCAGCGUGUAAUUGCGACCCCGAAGGAUCGUACAAUAGAACUUGCGACGCGACCACCGGACAAUGCGAGUGUCGGCCUGGAAUAACGGGAAAGCGCUGCGACACGUGUAUGCCUUAUCAGUACGGAUUCGGACGCGAUGGCUGCAAACACUGCGACUGUGACACCAUUGGAUCACAAGAUUUGCAGUGCGAUGCCAGUGGACAGUGUCCUUGUUUGACGAACGUUGAAGGACGCCGUUGCGAUCGCUGCAAAGAAAACAAGCACAACAGACAAUACGGCUGUGUCGACUGUCCAGCGUGUUACAAUCUCGUUCAAGAUGCUGUUAAUCAACAUCGCAGACGUCUCGAUGAGCUCGAGAGCACUCUAAGAAAAAUAAACAACAGUCCAACCGUAAUGAAGGACUCGGAUUUCGAGACAGAACUGAAAAAUGUCGAAAACCACGUUAAAUCUCUUCUUCAGGUUGCCAAACAGGGAUCCGGCAGCGACAGCAAAACGCUGGUGGAACAAUUGGACGAACUGCGCGAUCAACUGAACCAGAUUGAAAAAAUGUCUCAGGGCGUCGAUGCGACGGCUGAGGAAGCACGACGAACCACCAACGAAGGUCUGGCGAGCAUCGACGAAGCGGAACGCGUCCUCGAUCAAAUCUACGAGCAAUUGACCGAAGCGGAAAAUUACCUCGCGACUGAGGGUGCACGAGCACUUGCUGCUGCGAAAAAGCGAGCCGAUCAAGUUGGUCAACAGAAUCAACAAAUGACAAUCAUUGCGCAAGAAGCUCGGGUUCUUGCCGACCUCAACACAAACGAAGCUAAAAAAAUCCAUCUGCUCGCUGAACAGGCGCGCAACACUUCCCUCGAAGCAUACAAUUUGGCGAAGAAAGCGAUUGCGCAAUAUUCCAACAUUAGUGACGAGAUCAGGAGUCUGGAGAACAAGUUGGAGCUUCUCGGGGAUCGUUUCAGCGAAGUGAAAAAUCUGACGAAUGCUGCUAUUGCUAAAUCCUCCGCUGUAGACAAAGAGGCACUUCAGUUACUGAUUCUCGAUCUGCGAGUACCCACCGUCGACAUUGAUGAACUCCGGAACCAAGUUGACAGCGUGAAUGAUGAUGGCUUGAAAAUAAAAGAACAAGCUCAACUACUGCUUGAGCAGAACGAAAAGUGGCUCGACGAAUUGGCAAACAAAGCACGCAAGAGCGAGGAACUUUUGGAACGUGCUCAAGAUCAGCAAGCAUCAACCGCUGAUUUGUUGUCCGAAGUGGAUGGUGCUAAUGAAAAAGCGAAGGAUGCGCUAAAGAGAGGAAAUCAAACACUCGUCGAGGCCCAGGAAACUUUGAAAAAAUUGGGUGAAUUUGAUGCUGAAGUACAAAAAGAACGAAUCAAGGCUCAAGAGGCUCUGACUGUGCUCGAUGAAAUAAAGGGCAUGGUAAACGAAGCAAUAGAAAAAGCCAACGAGACUCAAUACGUCCUCAGGGAUGCUGAAUCGAACGCCAUCUCUGCUAAAGAUAUAGCUAUUCAAGCCCAGAAAAAUGCUGAUGAGGCGAGCGCAAAUGCGAAUUUGAUACGUCAAGAAGCGAAUAAAACGAAAUUGGAUGCCGUGCGUUUGGGCAACGAGGCAGAUAAAUUGCAUCUGAGAGUCGAAAUAACGAAUUCAAUUGCAAAAAAACACGAGGCUCGUGUGGACAAGGACGUCAAUGCCACAAACGAAGUCAAUCAUCAAGUCGGUCAAGCUCGAACCAGUCUCAACUUGGCCAGUCAACAAGUUGACAAAGCUCUAGCUGAGGUCGACGAGAUUAUCAACGAGCUUGACGCUCUUCCGGAAAUUGACGACGCUGAUCUGGAUCGUCUCGAGGAGCGUUUGAAGGCAGCAGAGAAGGAAAUCAAAGAGGCUAAUUUGGAGCAAAGAAUACGUGAAUUGACAGAGGCGAAAAAUCUUCAAACCCAAUGGGUUAAAAAUUAUGAGGAAGAGGUUAGCAGAUUGAGGCUCGAGGUCGAGAACAUCGAUGACAUAAGAAAAGCACUGCCCUCUAUAUGUUACAAACGAUUACGUCUGGAGCCCUAAAAUAUCGUUUUUCUUUCCUACGUGCCAUAAAACGUCAUAAAUACUUUUAUACAUUAUUUUAUAACAUACAAAAAUGUACUUAUAUCGGUACGAGUACGGACGAAAAGCUCUCACGGUUAUUCCCAUUCUGCGGUGAAAUUAAGCGCAAGCCCUUUCUCAUUCUACUUAAACUCGAGCUCGAAGGAGAAGAUAUUACGCGUCAAUUAAAAAUUUUCCUUGACUAAAAAUCAAGAAAUACGGUAGUCCGAUGGCGUUUCGUAUAUUUUCUAACGACGCGUAAUUUUUUGUCGCGAUAACGAACCCCAUACCAAAGAUAAUGAUCCGAUGGGCAAAAAAUGAAAGAAAUAGAAGAAACGAGCUGCAACAGCCCAGCACGAUCGAAUAAUUUUGUUCUAAAUUCACAUACGCCUCCGAUUUUCUCCUCGUAACUCUUUUAAAGCAGGUACAACAAUCGAUCUACACACUUCCCACGCUGUUGACGUUCGAAAAACAAAAAAAAAUAAAAUUCUUAUCACUUUUUUAUUAUAUAAAAUAAUAUAAUGAGACACUUUUAUACGAUUUAGUGUAGUACAAAAUUUAGCGUUAAGAAUCAGCGAGAAUUGAAAGAAAAACUAAUGGAAAAUGAUGUUUCAACGAAAUAAAAAGAUCUGAUUUCGAAAA